AUGACAGACUCGCUCAAAGAUCAGCUCCUCGCUCUGGCAGAAACUGGAGACACCAACAAGAUAAAAACCCUCCUCUCAACCAGCGAACAACGCCCAUCACAAGAAACUUUCCAAGAAGCGAUCACAACAGCUGUAAAGAACUACCAAUACAAUGCUGUACGAUUCCUCUUACUAAGGUCUGGCUCCACUCCUCUUAACGAGGAAACCGUCCGAGCAGGUAUCAAUACGGGCUCAAUCCCGCUGAUGCAGGCCCUGCUCACCAAGGAUCCAUCUGUGAUCAACAUGCAGUUCGACAUGCGGGGAACACCUCUCAUCGUUGCAUGCAUGGGUCGACAACACGUUGACUUUCUACGCUUUCUUCUUGAGGCAGGGGCGGAUCCUAACCAGGAGCCUGAUGCAGCUGCAUAUCCGCUUGCAUUGGUUGCAGGGCUGUACAAGGAUACUGCUGCGGUAGACCUGCUGUUGAAAUACGGGGCUAAGAUUGAGCAUUCAGGUGCACUUGGUGCUGCGGCGAGGCGGGGUAAUGAGCUUAUGAUGCAAUAUCUACUGGAGAAGGGGGCUCGGCCUGAAAGCGACACUACUUCUGUCGGAACCGGUGCAUCGCCUCUUUGCGUGGCUGUCAGCGCUGGACAUGUUGGCGUAGUUAGAAUCAUGAUGCAACGUGGAGCUGAUCCCAAUGCAGCUGACGGUACUCACACUUCAGCUAUCGAGCUUGCUAAGCAGUUGCAGCAGGAGGGUAAAGUUACAGCAGAGAUGGUGGAGGCUCUGGAGGGCAAAUAG